CACAGUGAGCAGCACUCCUGACUCAGCGAGCCAACGGCAAUUUAGCACAGUAACGGCUGGUCAGAGGAGGCGCUCGCUGUCGCUCUUGUUUUAACAGUUUCAGUAUUUUUCUGAAACUUCUGGAUAAAAGUUUCUUCCGUUUGAAUGAACUGAAGGUUUCAAGCUUCAAAUCAGAAUGUUUGUUUUCAUCUGGUUAAUCGUGUCUCUCCCUUCUAACAAUGAUGCAUUGCAAUGGAAAGAAACCUGUGAAAAGGCUGGUUACUGUGUUGCUUUCAAUGAGGGUGAAAUAAGAGCAGAAGCUGGACUCUGUUCUGUGAUACCAUGUGCUUUCACAGUUCUCUUUGCACCCGCACGUAUUAUUUGGUAUAAAUGUGAUAAUGACAGAUGUUACCAUCCUGAGAUUAUAUUUCACUCUGACAAGAACAAGGAAAACAUUAAGGCUGGGUUCGAAGGUCGAGUGUCACUGAUGGAACCAGAUUUGGCUCAGAAGAACUGCGGCAUCAUAAUCAAUGAUCUCAACGUAUCUGAUUCUGGAAGCUAUCAGGUCCGAGUUGAGGGAAACGAAACAAAAGAUGUAUUUACAUAUAAGGAAAAAACAACACUAUCAGUAACAGGUCUGAACCAAACGCUCUCCGUGAUGGUUCCACUGACUGAGGGACAGCAGGUCACUCUGACCUGCACUGCUCCUGGUCUCUGCUCUGGGUCUCCUCCUAACAUCACCUGGAUAUGGAGAGGAAAAGGAAGGAAAGACUCUUUCAUCAAAGGAAACAUUACUGCUUUAAAAACUGAGAAUCUGACUGCUGUCACAAAGAGAUACAGUUCAACUCUGACCUUUAACACUUCAGCUGAUCACAACAACACCAAUAUAAUCUGUAAUGUCAGCUUCCCUGGUAACAUAACCAGAGUAGAGUCAGUUUUUCUGAACAUAAGCUCUCAGGAGAAACGUGAUUCUGCCAUGGUAGUUAUUCCCUGGGUCAUUACUGGUAUUUCAUUCAGUGUGCAUGUUUCGUGUAUGAUCUACAUUUGUUACCUUUGCAAAACAAGAGAAAUACCAAAAUUCACUGAAGAUCAAACUUAUAGGUCUCUGCAAAAACAUGAUACAUCAGCAAAGUAUGUCCAACGACCAGGCUAACAUGUCUCCAGAGAUCGCUCUCACUUGGAUCUUAGUUAAAGAAAACCAUAUGUAUUUUUUUAAAUCAAUCCUAGUAUUUUACAUGCAAUAGAAGGGUAGAUUUAUGUUUUCUAGAAAAUAAAAAAUGAUUUGAUCCAUAAUUUCUAAAUACAAAGAAAUAGUAACAGUCUCUGGAUAAGAAGAAUAAGAUAUAUCAUAUACUAUAACAAGAAUGAUGAAUUGCAUAGGUUUGUUUUUCUGGAGUGCAGUUCUUCAUUAAAUAAAGAUGGAUGAGAGAGAU